UCCACAUAUCUCCCACACAUCCAUUUCUCUUACAUUAUUUGCGCCUGUCCAGCUGUCUUUUAACGCUUGAAAACAGAAUAAUUGACGGAAUGAGUAAAUCGAUCGAUGAUUUUCAUGUUGCACACAUAUACAAAGAUUCGAGUAUGGAUUCCAAACAAUACCAAAACGGAGGAAACACACAGUCGCAAAUCCUCAGCCUCGCUCUCUCGAUCGCCCAGCAGACCCAAAAAGUCAAUGAUUAUUUGCAAUCGAAGAACCUCCCCUUUCCCUCCGUCGCCCCCUCUGCGCAUAGUCACCUACCUCUACCCCCUGAACUUAUGAGCUCUCAAUUCGCUGUAGUAGAAGCUUGUACCGAACUAGCUGCUUUGAUGGAAGGGCCGCUCAACCACUUGACAACCAUCACCAGCCCCAGAGCCAAUAUCAUGAUGGCGUUACAAGCAAUCCAUCGUUUCAACAUCGCCUCCUCGAUCUCAGUCGACGAGGAAAUUUCCUAUGCGAACCUAGCAACUCGUUGUAAGAUGGAUCCCACAGAUCUUCGCCGCAUUCUUCAACUGGCGGUGUCAAACCUCGUUUUCCAGGAGAUUCGCCCUGGGUACAUCGCACACACCACCAUCUCGCACCUUAUUGCUACAGACGCGACGGUAAAAUCAUGGAUCGCACUGGUUACUGAAGAAAUGUGGCCGCCUGCGAGUCGAGGCGUUGAUGCAAUGGCAACAUGGCCAAACUCGCAGAAUCUGCAUGAAACGGCAUUCAGUCUCGUUAACGGCGGGGUAUCCUUCUGGGAGGCGAUCAAGGAGGGCAACAGGGGAAGAAGAUUUGCGGAUGGCAUGAAGUACCUCGGUAAGCUGCCUGGGUUCGAUGUUCAGCAUCUCAUUCAUGCGCUUCAAUUCAAGGAAGGAAAGGAAGAAGUGCUAGUUGACAUAGGGGGGUCGGAGGGGGACAUAGCGGUCCGACUGGUAGAGCAUUUCCCCAGGCUGAAGGUCAUUGUUCAAGAUCUUGAUGAAGUUAUUGAAGGUAUCAAGGAGACGGAACUACCGAUUUGCGUGGGUGGAAGACUGGAGUUCAUGAAACAUGAUAUGUUCACCGUUCAACCCGUUGCGAAUGCUGAUGUAUACUUCCUCCGGUCAAUUCUACACGACUGGCCGGACAAAUAUGCCAUCUCCAUUAUAAAGAACUUGGUUCUCGCGCUGAAGGCUGGAGCUAAGGUCAUUUUGAACGAAGUUUGCUUACCCGAGGAGCCUGGAAUGGUACCUAUGUAUCAUGCGCAGCUUUUAUACGGCUACGAUCUAGCAAUGAAACAUCAAUUCAACGGAAAAGAACGGAGAAUAGUUGAAUGGGAAGAGUUGUUCCAAAAAGCAGAUCCAAGAUUCAAAAUGGGCAGGGUUGUGUCAAUGCCGGGGUCGCUACUUAGUGUCAUUGAGUUUGUUUGGAAGCCCGAAGAUCACACAAUAGAGAGUAUAUGA